AUGUACACACAGCAAGGGCCAAAGUACACACAGCAAGUGUCAAGGUCUAUAUUUAUAGAGCAAGGAUCAAGGAACACACAGCAAGGAUCGAUGUACACACAGCAAGGGUCAAAGUACACACAGCAAGGAUCAAGGUACACACAGCAAGGGUCAAAGUACACACAGCAAGUGUCAAGGUCUAUAUUUAUAGAGCAAGGAUCAAGACACACAGCAAGUGUCAAGGUACGAACAGCAAGGGUCAAAGUACACAGCACGGAUCAGGGUACACACAGCAAGGGUCAAAGUACACAGCACGGAUCAGUGUACACACAGCAAGGGUCAAAGUACACAGCACGUAUCAGGGUACACACAGCAAGGGUCAAAGUACACAGCUCGGAUCAGGGUACAUACAGCAAGGGUCAAAGUACACAGCACGGAUCAGGGUACACCCAGCAAGGGUCAAAGUACACAGCACGGAUCAGGGUGCACACAGCAAGGGUCAAAGUACACAGCACGGAUCAGGGCACACACAGCAAGGGUCAAAGUACACAGCACGGAGCAGGGUACACACAGCAAGGGUCAAAGUACACAGCCCGGAUCAGGGUACACACAGCAAGGGUCAAAGUAUACAGCACGGAUCAGGGGACACACAGCAAGGGUCAAAGUACACAGCACGGAGCAGGGUACACACAGCAAGGGUCAAAGUACACAGCCCGGAUCAGGGUACACACAGCAAGGGUCAAAGUACACAGCCCGGAUCAGGGUACACACAGCAAGGGUCAAAGUAUACAGCACGGAUCAGGGUACACACAGCAAGGGUCUAAGUACACAGCACGGAUCAGGGUACACACAGCAAGAGUCAAAGUACACAGCACGGAUCAGGGUACACACAGUAAGGGUCAAAGUACACAGCACGGAUCAGGGUACACCCAGCAAGGGUCAAAGUACACAGCACGGAUCAGGGAACACACAGUAAGGGUCAAAGUACACAGCACGGAUCAGGGUACACCCAGCAAGGGUCAAAGUACACAGCACGGAUCAGGGAACACACAGUAA